AGGAGGGGCUCGAGUUCCGCGUCGUCGCGCAGAGCUGACUCUGGGAGGCGUUUGGGCCCAGAGAAGUGGAUCGGCCGCUUGCGCCGCAUGGAGUCCGAAUCCGAGAGCGGGGCCGCCGCUGACACCCCCCCACUGGAGACCCUGAGCUUCCAUGGUGAUGAGGAGAUUAUCGAGGUGGUAGAACUGGAUCCUGGUCCGCCGGACCCAGCAGAUGAUCUGGCCCAGGAGAUGGAAGAUGUGGACUUCGAAGAAGAAGAAGAGGAAGAAGAGGGCAAUGAGGAGGGCUGGGUUCUAGAACCCCAGGAAGGGGUGGUCGGCAGCAUGGAGGGCCCCGACGAUAGUGAAGUCACCUUUGCGUUGCACUCAGCGUCUGUGUUUUGUGUGAGCCUGGACCCCAAGACCAACACCUUGGCAGUGACCGGGGGUGAAGAUGACAAGGCUUUCGUAUGGAGGCUCAGUGAUGGGGAGCUGCUCUUUGAGUGUGCAGGCCAUAAAGACUCCGUUACUUGUGCUGGUUUCAGCCACGACUCUACCCUCGUGGCCACAGGGGACAUGAGUGGCCUCUUGAAAGUGUGGCAGGUGGACACCAAGGAGGAGGUCUGGUCCUUUGAAGCAGGAGAUCUGGAGUGGAUGGAGUGGCACCCUCGGGCACCUGUCCUCCUGGCUGGCACAGCUGACGGCAACACCUGGAUGUGGAAGGUCCCAAAUGGCGACUGCAAGACCUUCCAAGGCCCCAACUGCCCAGCUACCUGCGGCCGAGUCCUCCCUGAUGGGAAGAGAGCUGUGGUCGGCUAUGAAGAUGGCACCAUCAGGAUCUGGGACCUGAAGCAGGGAAGCCCGAUCCACGUACUGAAAGGGACUGAGGGUCACCAGGGCCCUCUGACCUGUGUCGCCACCAACCAGGACGGCAGCUUGAUCCUCACCGGCUCUGUGGACUGCCAGGCCAAGCUGGUCAGUGCCACCACCGGCAAGGUGGUGGGUGUUUUCAGACCUGAGACCGUGGCGUCCCAGCCCAGUGUGGGAGAAGGGGAGGAGAGCGAGUCCAACUCUGUGGAGUCUUUGGGUUUCUGCAGCGUGAUGCCUCUGGCAGCUGUUGGCUACCUGGAUGGGACCUUGGCCAUCUAUGACCUGUCUACACAGACCCUUAGGCACCAGUGUCAGCACCAGUCAGGCAUUGUGCAGCUGCUGUGGGAGGCGGGCACCGCCGUGGUUUACACUUGCAGCCUGGACGGCAUCGUGCGCCUCUGGGACGCCCGCACUGGCCGCCUGCUCACAGACUACCGGGGCCACACGGCCGAGAUUCUGGACUUCGCCCUCAGCAAAGAUGCCUCCCUGGUGGUGACUACAUCAGGAGACCACAAAGCAAAAGUAUUUUGUGUCCAGAGACCUGACCGCUAAUGGCUGCAGCCUCUGCUCUGAUGUUGAGGGGUGAAGGGAGAACCCCACCAGCAGAGGCGGUAGGGUAUGGGGGAGGAGGAGGCGGGGGCCUUGGACUACUUUCCAACCCCUUCAAACUGACUUGCCCCCUUUCUCCCUUCUCUUAAGAGACCCACCCCUUGCGCCCGCCCCCACCCUCGCCCAGACCUGCGGGUCCCUCAGAGUUGGGGUGGGGGGUCAGGCCUCUUUCUCAUUCACCUUCAUUCGCUGGUGUGAUCACGGGGCUGUGUGUUUGUAUGUGGGGAGUAGGUCCUUGAGGUUCCCGUUCUUUCCCUUCCCAAGUCUCUGGGGGUGGAAAGGAGGAAGAGAUACUAGUUACAGAUUUUAAAAAUGUAAAUAAAAUAUACUUCCCAGA